UAAUUUUUGGAUCUGUGAACGAGAACUGACAACUGCCAAAAAAAUCUCUAACCUUAAUAAUGCUACCCUGUUUGUUGUGCAUGGUGAUAAAUUUGUAAUGAAAAUAUGGGAGAUAAAAGGCUAUCAAAAGCAUUGAAGGAUCUUCCUUAUAGGGUGCAAACUGCAAGUUUAAAAGAACGUAAAGAGGUCGUUGAAGAUGUAAUUUAUGUGCUGCCUAUGCCUGGCGUCAGCGCUAAUAUAGUAAGAGGAAUUUGUAAAGUUAUUCAGUUGACUUUACCAAGAUACAGGGAUAGUUCAUCUCAGCAACUUGUAAGAAAUUUAAUCUUUUCUUUAAUUGAACAUCAUCCAGAUAAUGCAAUUAAGGGAUUAUGUGGAAUAUUACUAGAUAUAGCCAAGCUGCACAAGAAUCUAGUAGUAACUUCGAACACAUGCCAGACUGGAUUGUAUGCUCUCCAUUGGUCUUGCAUAUUACUUACACAUGGUUGGAAACAGAAUGAUGUUGUGCUUUUGGAACAUAUCCCACAAAUUGUGGAAAUACAGUCUAUUUUAUAUUCUAAUGUUGAAGCUGGUAACAAUGCGAAGAGAUCCACAAAAGCCUUUAAUUUGUUAAACUCUGCGUUCGAAAAAAUACCAGACUGUGAAAAACUGUAUUUAGAAACCAUGAAAAACUUAGAGCAGUCUCCUUCUAUCGUAGUUUUCUCGGCUGCUAUUGCUAAGAGAUUAUCCUUAAUAAAAAACACUUCUCUUUUUGAAAACUAUGUGGAAAAUGUUUUGGAUUCCUAUAUUAAGAAUUUCAUCAGUUGUAAAAAUAAACCUUCAGUAGAAUUGAUAUCAGCUUGUAGUCCUAUCUUUUUCUCUGUCACUGAAGAACAUUUCAAAAAAUCUUUACUACCUGCUAUUCUGAAAGCUAUGUUGAGAAAUCCAGAAGUAUUAAUCGAAUGUAUGCCGAUGAUCAUAAGAAAUGCAAGUGUUAAACUAGACUUGAGUGCUCAUGCUAUGGGUAUUGGAGAAAGCAUAAUUGCAAAUUUGUAUUCCAAAAACGAUCAGGCAAGAGACGAUGCUGCAAAUGCAUUACAAGCCCUUGCUCUAGGAAUCACACAGGCUAGUGCUAUUGAAAGUCUGAUUGUGAAGAUUUUCUCUGUACUUGACGGCUCACAAGGGAAGUUGACGGUAGUCGAUCACAAGAUCAGCGUUUUGGAGGGAGCUGGCAAACUUAGUAUUUGCCAUACUAAGUUAGACAAAGACACCAUGCAAGCGUUAAUCCCCAAAGUUAUUGACUUAUUCAUUAAGGUCUUGUCUCUCGAGGUGGCAGAAAAAUCUCUUUGUCACUGUUUGGAGAUGCUGUCCUUGUGGACCUCAAAAUUAGAAGCAGAACUUCCCAAAAAAUUGAUUGAGACUAUCAAGAAGGGAAUGACUGUCAAAACUGCAACACCCUUAGUAAGAACGAGUUACCUGAAGCUGAUAUUGAGGAGCAAAUUCUUGCCUUCUAAAGAGUUGAUUCCCGUAAUUCUGAAAUCUGUAGAGAACGCUGUCAACCAAUCGUCUAAUGCACAAUCUGUAACCGAAGGAUUGUGUGCUGUGUGUGUCCUCUUGAAAGUCGUCAGUCUCAGUAACGAUAAGGAGAAUGGUUUUCAUAACAUGUGGCACAUUGUUCUCGAUAUGGAUAAGCAGGUCUUCGUGUCUGAGAAAUUUUUGUCCAGUGCAUCACCAGAUGGUUUGGUCCUUGUUAUGGAACUCUGCGAAAAACUUUUGCUAAAUUAUCCGGACAAACUUGGAGCCAAAACUUCACCUUUGUACAAAGCUGUUAUAUUUUGCGUGACUUCUGGUUCAUCCCAAGUGAGAAGAACCUGUUUUCCGAUUUUGAAAAGUAUGGUUAACGAUGACAAUAGAGGUUCCUCAUUAGCUAGAGCUUUGUUCCAUGAAUUUACAGUGUUUUUGGACUCUCCAGCAGUUAAAAGCACUAUAGAAAGGAGACUGAAAGACCAGACUGAUUCUACAGAUAUUUCACCUCAUGCCUUAGUCGAAUGUAUUUCCACCUUAUGUUCGUCAACCAAGUUGUCCGUUGAACACAAGGAAUUGCUAGCAUUGGAUGCAAUUUUACCUUGUCACCAUCCGGUAGUCUCAGCGGCAGCUCCAGGAUUAUGGUUGAAAAUCGUUAAGCAUUUAGGAAUCCAACCCAAGGAUUUGGUUGUUAAAUACAUUGCACAAUUCAAGAGUGAUCUCAUAGAAAAUUAUCACACAUCUUCUGCCAAACAAUUUGCUCUUGCGAGUAUAGUACAAAUCAGUCCGGAAAAGAUUUUACCACCUUUAAUAGAAACUGUAAUAAACAAUUUGCAAGAUCCGAGAAUUUGUCAAAUGAGUAAAGAUGAUUAUUUCACUUUUCUCACUCCAGAAGGUGAACUUUACGAUAAAAGUGUGAUACCAGGGGAUGAUUCCAAUAAAGAGAUGAAUAUGAAGAGAGAAAGUAAAGCUUACAGUUAUAAAGAGCAGUUGGAAGAGCUACAACUGAGACGUGAACUCGAAGAGAAAAAGAGGAAAGCUGGUAAAUUGCAAGCUCCCAAAUAUACUCAAAAACAAUUGGAAGCCAUUAAUAAUCAAAAAGCUAAAGAGCAAGCUAUAAGGUCAAGAUUAUCAGAGGUAAAUGCCAUUGUUAUUAACUCGGUAUCGAUGAUUAAAGCAGCUUCAAUGGGUAAUCCCACAGAGGUAUCUCUGUACCUCAAAGAUCUGUUGCCUGUUCUUAUCAAAGGUCUACAGAGCCCUCUGGCAGCCCCUUAUUUAUCCAAGCUGUUCACAGAUCUUCGAUGUGUUGUGUUUUCUCAAGCCGACACUUCAGCCGAAAUAAUCGCUUUCAUCACUUUGAGGUUAUUGAAGCCGCAGUGUGACCUUGACGCCAACUGGGAAGAAGAAGAUCUCAAUAAGGCUAUGUUGAGGACUAUGAAUCUGAUCUACGAGAAGACGGUGAAAAGAAGGAGCGAAGACAAUAAACUUACUUUAUUUAGUGCCCCCGCCUUCUGCUAUACAUUCCCGUUCUUGAGGAGUAGUUUUCUAUCUGAUUAUGCCAAUAAACACGAAGAAUUUCUAUUUACGGGUAUACAGAUUAUAACGGAACAUUCCAAGUUGCGUGGAGGUUUAGGCGAUAAAGUUGCGACUGAUUAUUCCAUGCCCAGAGAUGCCUCCAACGGUAGUUUGAGUAAGAAUAGGCAGUGUUCGAAGGAUGUCUAUCAUCCUAGAUAUUUGCCCAGUGGUCAAAUGUUCGAACUACUCAUCCAUAUUAUUAAUCAAACUUCCGGGAGAGUCCAAUCUCAAGCUGAGGCUUGUCUGCUCGAUGUAGCUAAAUGUUUAAGUGGCAAAGAAGACUGUUCAGAAGCCUCCAAAGCGGAAAUCGACGUUCUCUUAGAAGCCCUGCAAAGACCUGAGCCUGUUGUCAGAGAUGCUGCGCUUAGAGCUUUGACAAUUCUCAUCGACUGUCUACCAACGUUCGAAUCAGAUUCAUCGUAUGCUCUUAAAUUGAACAAGAGGGUGUGGAUCGCCAAAUUUGACGAAAUGAAGGAAAACUGUGUUUUAGCCGAUGAGCUGUGGAACCUUGGAGAAAUGAAUUUCCCUACUGAGUUAUCCGAUGAACUUUUAGUCGACGUAGAACUUAGCGUGCAGCCUGUUCAAGCGGCUGCAGCCAAAGCACUUGCGGCUCUCCUAGAAAUGAAUAGGAGGCAAGUUCAACAAACCCUUACAGCCCUACUCAAAAUGUACCAGGACAAAUUAGAAAUGAUUCCCCCUAUAUUAGACGAAUUCGGUAGAGAAAUCGAACCUGCCAUCGAUACUUGGCAACCUAGGCGCGGUGUUGCCUUGGCUAUAAAUGAGAUAGCACCUCUUAUAACCCCUUUGCAAAUAGGAGAUAUUAUUGAGUUCUUCGUUAACUCUUCGCUGAGGGAUAGAAACGAAACUGUAAGGAUAGAAAUGUUGAACGCAGCUCUGAAGUUGGUAGACCUGCAUGGAAAGGAAACUGUGGGAACACUGUGGCCAGUUUUUGAUAAAUUCAUGGGCACCUCUUCGAAACAGGCCCAUUUCGACGCAGUGAAACAGGCUGUCGUUAUAUUGAUGGGCUCUCUUGCUCGUCAUUUAGACGAGGAUGACAACAGAAUCAAACCUAUCGUUACGAGGUUGGUCCAAGCCCUGAACACGCCUUCACAAACUGUUCAAGAAGCGGUAGCCAAAUGUUUGCCCCACCUGUGCUCUUCAGUGAAAGAAGAAGCCCCUGGAAUAGUCAACAAACUUCUUCAUCAAUUGCUGAAAGGUGAUAAGUACGGAGAGAGGAAGGGUGCUGCUUACGGUUUGGCCGGCAUGAUAAAAGGAAUGGGCAUUUUGGCUUUGAAACAGCAGGAUAUAAUGACCAAACUGACGGACGCUAUCCAAGACAAGAAAAAUUACAAAUUCAGAGAAGGUGCCCUGUUCGCUUUCGAGAUGCUCUUCCAGAUGCUUGGAAAGCUGUUCGAGCCUUACAUCGUUCACGUGUUACCCCAUUUACUGCAAUGUUUCGGGGAUUCUAGUCAGCAUGUGCGUACAGCUGCAGACGAUACGGCCAAAGUUAUAAUGAGUAAACUUUCCGGUCAUGGAGUCAAGCUCAUCUUACCUUCUCUUCUAGAAGCACUUAAUGAAGAUUCUUGGAGGACUAAAACAGGUUCGGUGGAACUACUAGGAGCUAUGGCCUACUGUGCCCCCAAACAGCUGUCAUCCUGUUUACCGAGUAUAGUACCAAAGUUGAUAGAGGUCCUGAGCGAUUCGCACAUGAAGGUACAAGAGGCAGGAGCUGAUGCACUCAAGGUCAUCGGUUCCGUUAUUCGUAAUCCAGAAAUUCAAGCAAUUGUACCUGUACUUCUGAAGGCCCUUCAAGACCCUUCGAACAAAACAUCGGCAUGUCUCCAAACCCUUUUGGACACCCAGUUUGUCCAUUUCAUCGACGCUCCAUCGCUGGCACUCAUAAUGCCAGUGGUACAAAGGGCCUUCAUGGAUCGCUCUACUGAAACCCGUAAGAUGGCGGCACAGAUCAUCGGUAACAUGUACUCACUUACGGACCAGAAGGAUCUCAUGCCUUACUUACCUACAAUCAUACCUGGCUUGAAGACCUCUCUGCUAGACCCUGUACCAGAGGUUAGGAGCGUGAGCGCCAGAGCUUUGGGAGCCAUGGUGAGAGGGAUGGGCGAAAGUAGCUUCGAAGAUCUCCUGCCCUGGUUGAUGCAGACCUUAACAUCCGAGUCCAGUUCCGUAGAUAGGUCAGGAGCUGCUCAAGGUCUGUCGGAGGUCGUUGGAGGCUUAGGAGUCGAGAAGUUGCAUAAGCUCAUGCCCGAGAUAAUAAGCACAGCGGAACGUAGCGAUAUAGCACCGCAUGUUAAGGAUGGAUACAUCAUGAUGUUCAUUUAUAUGCCAGUUGUGUUCACAAGCGAGUUCACACCUUAUAUCGGUCAAAUCAUCACACCGAUUUUGAAGGCUUUGGCCGAUGAGAAUGAAUAUGUAAGAGAAACAGCACUGAAGGCUGGUCAAAGGAUAGUUACCUUAUAUGCGGAUUCGGCCAUUUUACUUUUGCUGCCUGAACUGGAGAAAGGAUUGUUCGAUGAAAAUUGGAGAAUCCGAUACAGCUCCGUCCAACUGUUGGGCGAUCUCCUCUACCGUAUUUCCGGUGUCACCGGAAAGAUGAGCACAGAAACAGCUAGCGAAGAUGACAAUUUCGGAACAGAACAAUCGCACUACGCCAUCAUCAAUUCUUUAGGGGAGGAGAGGCGAAACAGAGUGUUAGCUGGUCUUUACAUGGGUAGAUCAGACGUUGCGCUGAUGGUACGCCAGGCGGCGCUGCACGUCUGGAAGGUAGUGGUUACCAACACUCCUAGAACGUUGAGGGAAAUACUACCAACCUUGUUCGGUUUAUUGUUAGGUUGUCUAGCCAGCGAUAGCUUUGACAAACGUCAAGUAGCAGCCAGGACGCUCGGUGACUUGGUUAGGAAACUUGGGGAAAGGGUUCUACCAGAGAUUAUACCCAUAUUGGAGAGGGGUUUGCAAUCGGAACGGCCCGAUCAGAGACAGGGUGUCUGUAUCGGUUUGUCCGAAAUCAUGUUUUCCACAUCCAGGGAUAUGGUGUUGACCUUCGUCAACUCUCUGGUGCCAACCGUAAGGAAGGCGCUUUGCGAUCCCCUUCCUGAAGUUAGAGAAGCUGCUGCUAGGACGUUUGACUCCCUACAUUCUACUGUAGGCACUAGAGCUCUAGACGACAUACUUCCGACAAUGUUGAACCAACUGAACGAUGAUGAUCCGGAGGUAGUAGAAUGCACCCUGGAUGGUUUGAGGCAGGUGAUGGCUAUCAAAUCAAGGGUGGUCUUGCCUUAUUUGGUCCCUCAACUGACUGCACCACCCGCAAAUACCAAGGCCUUGUCGAUUUUGGCCUCAGUAGCGGGAGAGUCCUUGAAUAAGUAUCUACCCAGGAUCCUACCGGCUCUGCAGGUCGCUCUCUCUUCGUCUAAAGGAACUCCUGAGGAAGCUCAGCAAAUGGAAUAUUGUACUGCGGUCGUUUUGUCCAUUGUCGACGAAUCCGGAGUGAGAAUCGUAAUAGACACCAUGUUGGAAAAUACCAAAAACGAAGACCCCAACAACAGGAUAGCUGCAGCUACCUUAUUGUGCGCCUUUUGCGCCAAUUCUAAGGCUCAAUACCAAAUGCAUGUGCCUCAAUUGUUGAGAGGACUGAUCCUCCUAUGCACCGAUAAUAAUCAAGAAGUACUGAAGAUGGCGUUCGAGGCCUUAAGCGCGAUCACAAAGAACCUCGACUCCAAACAGCUCGCCACCUACGUUCAGGAUGUGCGUCUAGCAGUUCGUUACGCUAUGUCUGAUCUUAAAGGCACGUCGGAUGUUCUUCCAGGUUUUUGCCUGGCCAAGGGUAUUUCUCCCAUCUUGCCCAUAUUCAGAGAGGCCAUUUUGAACGGGGACAACGACGAGAAGGAAUUGGCCACCCUGACUUUGGGAGAGGUCAUAAGGGUGACCAGCAGCACCGCUCUGCAACAGAAUGUGAUCGCCAUAACCGGACCUCUGAUCAGGAUUUUGGGAGACCGUUUCACACCCAACAUCAAGAUUGCUGUGCUCGACACGCUGGCUGUGUUGUUGUCCAAGGUGGGAAUACUCAUGAAACAGUUCUUGCCUCAGUUACAAACCACUUUUAUUAAAGCAUUAAGUGAUUCCACAAGAAUGGUCAGGAUGAAGGCUUCGGCCGCUUUGAGCCAUUUGAUCAAGAUACAUCUCAGACCUGAUCCUGUUUUCACCGAAAUUCACAACCUUGUUCAGAGAACAGAGGAUCCAGCUAUAAGGGAAACGGCACUGAGUGCAAUGAGAGGUGUAAUAUCCAAUGGCGGUGACAAACUGGCCGAUCCCAUUAAAAAACAAAUGUUGGCGACACUGAGGCAACUAGAUCAUUUUUGGAAGAACGAUGAGGUCUCGAGACUAUGUGCGGCUGGUUGUCUUGGAGUAUUGUGCCAGUGGCUCAACCCCGAAGACCUGAAUCAGAUAUUGACGCAAGAAAUUUUAUGUGAGGACAGAUCUUCUCCGAUCGAUGGACACACUGCAGCUUUGGUUUUGUCCGUUAUAAUCAAGGAAUCGGCUGCUAAAUUAUGGGAGACUUACCAAUCUGAAAUAAUAGCACAGUUACUUUAUUGUCUAGUUCAUAAAGAGACCCAAGUUGUUAUGGUGGCAAUAAGAACUUGCGGCUAUCUUUUCAAGUAUCUAGUACAGAAUAAUUUGGCUGUGCCGCAGAAUCUUCUUUCUGCGUUAGUUAGGAUUACAAAUAGGGGUGAAAACGAAGUGAAACAGCAUUUCGCCAGAGUUUGCAUGUUCCUCGCUAAGAACGUGCCAACUGAAACAUGGACGGAUGACCUACUCAAACACGUGCUUCCAACUUUGGUGAUGGGAACCAAGGAAAAAAAUAUGUAUGUAAAGGCCAAUUCCGAGAUAGCCCUAAUUGCUAUUUUGAGACUGAGAGAGGGAACAGGUGUUCAAACGAAGUGCAUGAAAGUAUUGGACGAGGGUGCAAGAGAGUCGCUGAAUGAUGUUGUGGUCAGAGUUCUUAAGAAAGUUGCUCUACAGCCCGAAGGAAAGGAAGAGGAACUAGAUGAAACACUACUGACUUGAUCAUUUGGGUACCUUCUUCAUAUUCAGAUGCAAGAACUAAUUCAUCAUAUAUUCAUAUUUCCGAUGUCGUCUAGUAGAAAUCCGUGUUAUGAUUUGUAUUAUAUGAUGUUAUAUUUAGUUGAUAUAUAUCUUGGAAUUAAUUCUGUUUCUGGAUUACAUCAUUUUAUUGUGAGAAUAAAGUUUUUGUUACAUGUA